CAUAUGUGCGUGUGGAAUCUUUACCUUAUGUAUGUAUGUAGGUUUGUUUGUUUUAUUCAUUCUGCCAUGGUUAUGCAGUGUGUAUUGGAGGUGGUGACCCUUUGAGAGCUGUAUGCAACAGAAUUUCAUUUUAAUGUAUGCUGAUUAGUGUACUUUCAAAGUGACAAAGCUAUUCUAUUCCAUUCCAUUCCAUUCGCGUUGGGCUAAAAUGUGGCUUAUUCAUUUCUAUGUCUGCGCAUUGUGCGAACCCAACCAUUCUGGUGAACUAAAUUUGUUAUGUGAGUCCAGCCAGUCCUGAUUAUGUGCCAUAAAGUUGGUGUUGACGCUUAGCAACUACAGGUAGUCCUUGACUUACAACAAUUCAUUUAGUGACCAUUCAAAGUUACAACGGCACUGAAAAAAGAGGUAGUAUCCUAAAUAUGGCCAUUGUUAUAUUUAUAUAAUGAAAGUCUUUUAUAAUUGAUCCUAGAGACCAAUGUUAUGCUGAAUGCAAUUCAUGGGGAAGCGCAUUGAAAGGACUGAGAAUGUUUUUUUUUUCUUUCCGGAAUAGUUAACUGGAAUAUAUAUGACCUUCACUACAAGAAUGAAACUAUGGUUUUCAAACUAUAAUGGGGAGGCUUGUAUAUUAUGCUAAAUCAAAAGAAAAAAAAUACCCACGUUGUUCCUUCCUCUUAAAUAGUUGGCUAAGUUGUGGAUUUAAACCACAGCUAGGAUCAUAAAUCAUGCUAAGUCAAAGCUAAACAUGUUUGUUUGUUUGUUUGUUUAUAAAUAAAAUGUACAGGUCGCCCAUCACACCUCAUGUUAAUUACUUAUCAUUACUCAUUAUACUUAAUAUAUGUGAACAGGGAUACUUCAUAUUAUGUCAUCUUUGAAUAUUACAGAUCAAAUUACAAAUGUGCAGUUUAGUUUUUAGUCUGUUGCAAAUCACUUUCUAGAUAAAAAUGAAUUAAGAAAUUCUAUAAGCUUAUAUUUUGUGCAUGUGUAUUUUUUGAAACACAACCACUACUAAUCCUUGUAUUUAAAUGUGUAUAUGAAAUAACUAUGUAGAAUGACUUCUAAAGAACCUUACUCAACUCUUCUCCAUGCCAUUCAGCCAGCAGUUCUUGAAGGUCAGCUGCAAAAAUGGAUAAAAACCAAUUACAGGAACCCAACUCCAUCUGCGCCAGUAUCCUUCCUGAAGAUGUAGUUGUUAUAAAGGAUUCAGAUAAAGAUGCUACUGAAGACAGAGAUACUUCUGCAACUGUUCUUCCCAAAGAUUCCUGCUUACCUGUAGCUUCAAAACAUCUGUUUGGCUCAAAAAGCAAACGGAAACCUUAUUUUGAACUGCCACCAGCAUAUGUGCUUCCUUACCUGGUUUUAAUCAAGAAUUGUCUUGAUUUGCCAUUUCCCACCAUCAAGAAACAAUGUCUCAGAGGAGAAAUACUGUGCAAGAUAGACUCUUUAACGCUGAGGCGCAAAAAGAAGAAGCAGCCUACUUCACUUGAGCCAGAAAAAGUACCAACACUUCAAGAAACUAAAUAUGUAACUUUUGAAGGCCUGGAGGACCUACAGUGGAAAUUAUUCAAAGGUCUGCUAAAACGAAAGCCAAAAACAACGGGAAUUUGGAGGGAAGCAAAAUACACAAAGAAACCUGUUACAACUGUUAUUUAUCAAGGAAAGGAACACAUCAUUCCCCUAUUACCUAAAGAUUGGAUAAUUGAUGAGUCCCUCAAGUUUUCCAAGGAAAAGAUUUUUUCCUUCUUUUUAGAAAAUGUGUCACACCUGUAAAUAUGUAGCAGUCCCUGAAGUUUGGAAAGAAUCUAUGUAAACAAGCAAUAAACAACAUCUUGUGCUGGACAUACAGUGUGAUGCCAUUAAGUAAUUUGCUUAUUGUAACAUAAAAUAGGGCUAUUUUGGUUUCCAGCAAGCCAAUUCUUUUUUUUUCUUUUCUUUUUGCUACAGUAGCCUUUUAUGUUAUUCUGUGCCAAUUUAUAAACUCUCAUGAUUUGGUGUUCUCCAGGUGGAUCUCAUAUGAAAUUCAGGAGUUGCAGCCCCAUCUCUCACCCCCACUAGGUAGACCAGACCAGGAAAUUAAUUCCACAGGAAACUGUUUUUUAAUUGAAAUUGACUUUAAAAAAAGAACUUCGUAUGAUCAUACUAUUCCUCCCCUCCUCUUUAUAGUUCGGUGAAUUAGAGAGGUAUCUCAGCUGUUUUCAGACAUAAUCUGGAUGUUCUGGAUUUAAAUAAUACUUUAGCUUCAUUUAUCUAAGCAAUAGCACAUAUAUUUCCAUCAAGGUCACUCUAUCCCACCAGAGCUUAAAUUUUUUUUGCUUUACUCUACUGGAGAAUACUGAUAUAUUAUCUUGCUGCUUGAUUGCAAUUUCAGUAUUGAUCUCAUUUUACUGAUACUGAUAGAAUUAAAGGCUACUCUGCUGAAUGCUGUGCAAAUGCCUUUACAUCCUUUUGUUUGGCAGAUCUAAAAAAAAACUUGUUGGAAGAACUAGCGAAGCCAGGCUCUUAGAAUUCAAUAUAAAACCAUAUUUCUGGCUAUGUAUAUGAUCUAUGACAUUUUUAGAUCAGAUUAGCAACAAACCCUAUAUAUAUAUAUAUAUUGAUAAGUAGUCUACUAUAGUCCUGUAAAUAUAUAUGUAUACAACAUGACCAAUAAAUACAAGUGCUUAAUGGUAGUAUGCUGAGACUAUUCACAGGUCUGCGACUAGAAAGCUCUUUGAUUAUUUUCAUCUAAUU